AUGUUUCAGUCGCUAACGUUUAUCUGCCAACAUCUACGUCUGAUUGAUAGUGGUCAACAUUCAAACUUAAGUGCCAGCAUCUAUCUGUGCUUAGCGGAAUUAUGUGCUACAUUGAAAGUUUAUUCAGUGGCGGAAUUACCAUCUUUUAUGCCUCAUGUCUUGCAAACCUACGAAUCAGAUAGCAUUUUCAAAAAUGAAUUGCUACUCACAAGCGUCACUGCAUGUUUGUCGAAAUUAGUUCGAACUUUGUGCAAUUAUCUCACACCGUAUCUGCCAUCAAUUAUUAAGCGCACAUGCACUUUGUUAACACAUGCAUCCUCCCAAAACGAUACACGUCUACGAACAAUGUGGUCUCAUUUGGCUCUUCAUGUUCCGCAUCGUCUUCUCUUUCCAAUCUUGUUCGACGUGAUUGACAAAAACGAAUUUCAAUUAAAUGAUCUCGAACCUCUAAUGGCGUUACUAAAGCAAUCUCUUUCGAUUGCCACACUAGAUGAGCUAAGCAACAACUAUACAUUAUUAAAACAACUAUUUCUCAAGUUAUUCACCUUACGAACAUUACACACGAAGAAAAUGGCUCCGAAUCAAAUGAAUAUCUACGAAGAUCAUAUAUUCGAUUGUUUUGCUGAAUUAGUCAUGCGCUUGUCGGAGGAAACAUUCAGACCAUUGUUCUAUACCAUCUAUGAAUGGGCUGUUUACAAUGAACCUCCACCAGAAUACACUUUGACAUUCUAUCGCUUGACAUUCAUAUUGUCGAAGAAAUUGAAAGGAUUGUUUACACUAUUUGCUGGUCAUAUUAUACAACAUUCGGCAAAUGUUCUCAAUCAACUGAAUUCGUCGAAGACAGCGGGCGAAAGCUCGGAUGAAUUCAAAAUAACUUUUCGAAAGAAAUAUGCCGAAGAAAGCCAAUUGGAAUUAAUUAACGGAAUCUUGAGUACAAUAUCGAACUUAUGCUUAUUCGACAGCGUGGGAUUCAUUACCGAUGAUCGUUUUCAAAUUCUGCUCAUGCCAGUUGUCGAUCAAUUGAACAAUUUUACAUCGAAUGAGAAUUAUUCUCAAUGGAUUCAACAAUAUGUGUCACCAUGUAUUGUUAAUUUAACAGCUGCAACCAAAGAAGAAGCUCUCUGGCGUCAAAUACAUUAUCAAAUUCUAAUGAAGACACGAUCCGAUGUCUCGAAAGUUCGUCUCGCAACGUUAAAUGUUCUGCAAGAACUUUCGCGCAAGUUAGGAAUGAAUUACCAAGGUCUUCUACCCGAAGCUAUUCCAUUCAUGGCUGAACUAAUGGAAGAUGCAAAUGAUGAAGUCGAAAAAACAUGUCAUCGUGUCAUUGUCGAUAUGGAAUCGACUUUAGGUGAAUCAUUACAAGACUACUUCAAUAGUUAA